CUUCACUUAGCCGCUAUUUUCAAGAUGGCGGACAACCGUCAUCGUGAAUGAAGUUAGGGGAAUAACUUCCGGGAUUUUUCUACGUUUAGUCUGUUGAAAUCCUGACAGAAUUCAAUGUGCAGUCAUUUUUUUGGAUAGUACUCAAGUGAAUCUCAUAAGUGAUCAUCAUGAAUAAGUACUCUAAGAAGAAGAAGAUUGGAGAGGGAUCGUUUGGGAAGGCCCUGCUGGUUGUGCACAAGGAGACGGGGAAGGAAUAUGUCAUCAAGGAGAUAAAUGUCUCAAAGAUGAAGAGGAAAGAAAAAGAGGAAUCUAAGAAAGAGGUUGCUGUUUUGAGGAAAAUGAAGCAUCCCAAUAUUGUCUCGUAUCAGGAUUCAUUUGAAGAGCUUGGGAACCUAUACAUUGUGAUGGACUUCUGUGAUGGAGGAGACUUGUACAAAGCCAUCAAUGGCAGGAGAGGUGUUCUGUUUCCUGAGGAUCAAGUCCUUGAUUGGUUUGUGCAGAUCUGUCUGGCUAUCAAACAUGUUCAUGAUAGGAAGAUAUUACACCGAGAUAUCAAGUCACAGAAUAUAUUUCUCACGAAGAAAGGAAUUGUCAAGUUGGGAGAUUUUGGCAUCGCAAGAGUCUUAAACAGCACGGUCGAGUUGGCCAGAACAUGCAUUGGAACACCGUAUUACCUGUCACCAGAGAUCUGUGAAAACAAACCUUACAACAACAAGAGUGAUAUAUGGGCGCUGGGUUGCGUACUGUAUGAGAUUUGUACACUAAAACACGCAUUUGAAGCUGGUAACAUGAAGAACCUAGUUCUUAAGAUCAUCCGUGGUUCCUACCCUCCUGUAUCACCAAGAUACAGCUAUGACCUGAGAAAUCUGAUUGCUUUACUCUUCAAGAGAAAUGCAAGAGAUCGACCUUCUGUUAACACAGUUCUGAAGAAGCCUUUCGUACAGAGAAGAAUAGAGAAGUUUCUUUCAGAUACCGAGAUGGUAGAUGAGUUUAGUCAUACUGUGCUUCAUCGUAAUCAGGCAGCAGGACCCUAUGGAGCUGCAGGUAGACCAGCAUUGGCCGCAGAGCGACGUCCCCAGCAGCCAGUUCGAUUGAGUGAUCCUGCUGCUAAGUACGGUCCAUCUGUCGGUAUGCGUAAACCUCCAGCAGCUGGCAGAAAACCUGCUGAGAAAAGAAAAGAGCCAUCUCAACCACAAAGGCCUGCUGUGGAUCUGGAGAAACUGCGAAGGGAACGAAUUGAAAAGGAGAGGGCAAGACAGGCAAGGGAAAAGCAGUCACCCAUGAAUCAACAGAAACUUGUGGACAAACAGAGGAUGCAUCACAUCAAUAAAGCCAGAGAGGCUGGUUGGCGUCAUACAUUAAGCUCAGGAUCUGGUGGAUCCAAUGGUAUUGAGAAUGACGGCCAAUCAAAUGAUGAGCCGCCAAUCAAAGAACCCAGGAUUGAUCCUGAGAAGGCCAAACCUGAAAUCAAGCCCUUCAAACCUCUUCAGGAGAGAGGUAACUAUGACAACUACCACAAGUACCUUGACAACCUACGUGGCAAAGCUCAGGGUGCUGGUGUGGGGCAGGGCGGGGCAGCAAUGUUUAGGAGGGAUGAGGGACGGAGGGCGUGGCCUGAUGAAGCAGCAAUCAGACAGAAUAUCAGGGAUCGGCCGGUAUCAGCAAGUGCCGCUGAGGCAGCUAGACGAGGAGAAAUGGCAAGGAAUGCUGGAGCUGAAGCGGCAGGUAGAGCUAAGUUAGUGGAGGAAUUCUUGUCUAACAAACGAGCAGCAGCAGCUAAUAAAGCAAGAGUUUCCCACCCUCUGGGUGCCCCUGGACCGAGACCUGCCUACAACCAGCCAGCCCCGUCUGUUGCUCCGUUUGCCGGUAAUGUCAAUGGAAGAAACCAACAAGAAGGGGAGUAUUUGGAUCGUCUGAAGGCAAUACGAAUGCAGAACUUUCAGGAGAGACGGAACAUUCAGCAGAAAGUUGCAGGUGGCGAGGGAAAGGCAGUCAAGGCUUCUCUGGAGUCUGAGAUUCGCAGGAAAAAGAUUGAAGCUCUCAAGGCCCAAGCUGAUGAGAAGGCAGCUAAACUAAAGGAACAGCUGGAAAGACAACGGCGGGAGGCGUAUGAGAAGGAGAAGAAAUCAUGGGAAGAACAUAUAGCCAAGAAGAAAGCUCAGGAGAUGAAAAGGCCAGCAGCAGUACCAGUCAAAGGCCCAGCAGCAGCAGUGGUUCCCUUGACAGCAGUGCUUAAGGAUGUCGGAUAUGAUCUUAUGCCAACGGAGUCACCUGAAUUGAAGGAUGAGGCUGUAUCCAAGCCUGCUGUACCAGAGAAGGAACAAGGAGGAGAUCGUAAGAAAUGGGGAGAUGGAGGAGUUAUUAAUCUAGGUAAUCUACCGCUACAAGAAACGGCAUCAGCCAUGGAAGCCACUGGUGCAGGUGAUGUUGUCAUGGUCAAUACCGCAGCCCCACCCCGUGGGGGAGGAGGGGGUGGGGGCUUAGGUGGAGGAGGCAAGGGAGCAUUUGGUCCACCCCCACCCCUACCUCAAGGAAGGAAGAAGUGGGGUGGACCAGCACAGACAGCCUUAAAUGUCUUACAACAAGCUGAGAUUGUGCAAGGAACCACAACGCUAUCAGGAGCUGAACAGACAGGCGGCGUUCGGAUGGGAGUGACAAUAGUCAAAGAUGAGGUCAGUCCUCGUAAGCUCCCCAUCGCUAAGGGAACCAUUACUAUAGCAGACGGAGGCAAGAAGGGGAAUGAUGACAUAGAUGCAGGUUCAAUUGAGACUAUAGAGACGAAGGACACACAAUCUAAGCUGGGCCCAGACCAAGCUGUAUCUGAUGUGCCUAGUAAACCACGUACUGCAUGGGAUAAAUCACCAAGCUCUGUGCCGAAAUCACCAGCUACCACACCAACCACGCCUACUACGCCAAAACAAGAUUCUGAACAGACCCUCAAGGCGCCUUCUUCCCCUCUGAAGCCAGCAAGCCCAGGCAGUUCCACAAGUCUAGACAAAUUGCCAAGUCCAGACAAAACAUCCAGUCCAGAGAAAGGCUCAAGCCCAGAGAAAACAUCCAGCCCAACCAAUAGUGCCAGUCCAGCCAAGACAUCUACUCCAGAGAAAGCUGGCCCUGAGAAGACCCCCAGCCCAGUCAAGAUGGCCAGUCCAAGCAAGUUGCCUAGUCCAAUCAAAGUAUCAUCCUCCACGGACAAGAUGAAAGAUGAGACUGACGCCAAGACGGAAAAGAUGACUCCCAAACAGGAGAAAUAUGAUGACAUGUCACAGGUUACACCAAGUAGCCAAGACACCCCUGAAAGCAAAAAUACUACCCCUAUGGAGGAUUCCUUCACCCCUAUCAAACAAUCCGUACCCCCUAGUACUGAAUUCUGUACCCCUACCACCCAGUCUGUAGGCACAGCUAUCAGUUCCCAAACCCAAAUUCCCAAAAUAAAAGAGUCAGAUGGCCAACCUGAAACCCAGAUACUUAACCCAAACCAGACACAACAAACACAGUAUGUGCAGACAGACAUAUUUGGUGAACAAACCCCCAAACCUAACCAGUCUGAAAGAAACAUUUCAGAAACAAAGCAUUCCCCGACUAAACUUAACAUUCCUGAUUCCAAAGACCUAGAUAUGACCUCCCUUGUUGAGGAUAUUGAUAGCCCAGAUGAUAUCAUUACCCUAGAUGAACCCACUAGGGACCCAUUACAACCCAAAGAUAUCCCCAGUAAACCAAAGCUUAGCCCAGAGGCACCCAGUUUCCCUGGUUAUGAUGCAUGGGGCACCUCACAGCCUAAGCAAGAUCUCUUUCCUGAAGCUCUUGUGAGUCGGGUUGAGUUGGAGAGUGAUGAUGAUGAUGAAGAUGGGGAACAGGACCAAUCCUUGUACCAGACAGCGAACAGAUCAGAUGUUCUUGAAGGAUUGGAAACGGGCAACUUUGACACUGAUGCUAAGAUUCUGAGGACAUGUUCUAUGCCAGACCUUAGCAAGCUAUUUCGCACCACGCUGGCCCUGAAUCCUUUCUUUGAGAUAGAGAAGCAGACGAUGGAGAUAGCUGCCAGGACGUUAGAGUUGGAGUAUCUACAGGUCCGAGAUGUAGAAGAUGAUGAGGAUGAUGAUGAGGACACGACGGAGGAUAGUGAGGAUGUCAAUGCUGAUGAUGCAGGAGAUGAGGCUGACGGUGAUGAUGACGAUGACGAGGAAUACAGGAGUCUUGUUGAAUCCAUGAAAAGCAUCUUAGAAGCUAAAGAUGCUGAGGAUUCAGCUAGGACAGUUGAUGAGGAAGGUCAAGGGUCACCAGGAGGGUCAGAUGAAAGGUCAUCGCAGUCUGCAUCACCAAUAGGAGCUGAGGGUGGUGAGGAUGAGGAUGAUAUGGCUGAUGGGAAUGAAUCAGGAGAGAGUAAACCAAUCAAUGAAGAUUGGGACUCAGGUGAUGGGACAGAUGGUGAGGAGGAUAGAGACGGUGAGAGUCUCUUCAGCCGUCUUGAAGAAUCUAGACUACAACUUGAGAAGGAACUAGGAUGUGAGACAUUCAUCAAGGCUUACAAGUCUAUUCAGGCCAUUCAUGAAGAUGAGGAUGAAGACAUUGAACAAGGCACUAAGGUGAUCGGUAGCAUCCUGGGGAAAGAGCAAGAACAUCUCUAUACUAAGAUACUACAACUAGUCAUGGCUGAUGGGGCAUAUACUGAAGACAAUGAUUGAUGAUUGGACAGAGAAGUAACAUUCCACGGAUCAUGCAGUCCACGCAUUGCCAUGGUGACGACAUAAAGGUCAUAUCAGUCAGAAAUUUUGGAACUUUCCCGCGUAAGUUUAUAAACAGUGACCGUAUCUGUGUUUCCAAAUGUUGCACUUGUCAAAAAUCUAUGUCUUUGACAAGAAACAACCUCUCCACUUACAUAGUAUAAAAUUGGAAAUCAUUUCAUAAAUUGUUACAUGUAGAAAAGUAUGCUUUCCUUGAAAUAAGAAAUCUGUUAGCAAGUAGUCAGACGCACCUUAUUUGCAAUGUUUGGCCUUUGUUUGAAAACACACUGUUGAAUUACAGCAUCAUGUUUAAGAGAUUUUCUUUUAGCUGCUGCAGCUUAAAUUCUGGCUCUGAAAGUUGGGAAAGUGAGUUUGCAACAGGCACACUCAAACUUUUUGCCAAGACCAGUUACAGCCCAGUUUGGGUAGUGAGUCAGAAUGUGUUGUUCAUGGUUAAAUCAUGUGCAUUCCAAGCCCAGUAAACAUGUCUGGGCUUUUGUACAACUUGGCCUAGUUUUUGAACGGUAGUGCUGUUAAUCAGAGUGUUAGCAAAUGUUAUGUGGUUCCUUGCCUGCACAUUAAUGUGCAAAUGGUUUCACACAGUGCCGGCAAAUCCUAUUGUUGUUCUACAAUUUGAAAAGUGCUUAGUGCAUCAAUACUGCGCCAUAUCGCCUGCAAAUAUUCCAAGGUGCCUAUCUCUGAUUGAUGUUGCCAUAGGUAUUAUAUGCGAUUGGGUGUUUAUACUUGUCUCAAAAAUCUAUAGCCUGUAUGAGAUGGUCUGGUUACCAGACCAGAUGAAUCUCUGCGUAUACUCAUAAUCCAGUGAACUGCCUGCAGAACACUACAAUGUGUCCAUGAUGAGUCACUUAGUUCUUGCUUUGAUUUUUAUUUCUAUUUUGUUCAAAAUAAGGUUUAUUUCUUGUUUUGUAGACAAACCUCUCGGCCCAAUUCAAUGCAGCUGUUUUAGUGUUUGUCCAUUUCAAAUUUGUCCAAUCAGCAACCAGUUUUCUAUUUCAUUCCCUGCACACAGCCCCUUGACAAAGAGCGAGUAGGCAAUUUAAAUGUCUGGGUAUGCCUUAAUUUACUGCUUUCAGUUUGGUGAAAUUUGAGACACAUCUUUCUAAAAAAUUACUCAAAGAAUAAUAAUUGGUUUUAAGUAAUUUAUGAUAUGUGUAGGCAGAUUCACCUGUUUGACUUUGAAAAACGUAACGUGACAGUGGAACAAAAACCUUCAUACAUUGAAAAACAUUGGAAACUCGAUGUCCAACUUGUUCUAUGCAUGCAUCUUUAUAUGCAUAACUUACAGGGUGUCCAUUUGUAAUGACCAAACCUAAGACAAAGUCAUCUGGACCAGUUGAACAAUUUCAUAGAAAUGAUGAAAUUCUACCUAACUUGUCUCGUGCCCAGUGAAGACAUAUUCCUGUGCGACAUAAUUCCAAACCGAAUAACGAGUUAUUCCAAGUCAUGUGCAAGCUUUGCCAAAUUCGUGGUCACAUAUACUGUAUCUAUGUUUAAUACCCAUUUUUUCUUUUGUCAGAAAUCUACAGUUUAUCAUUCACAUGAUUUCCUAUAUUCCGUACAGUCAAUUUUAAGCCUUCAGCAUAUUUGUAUCUGUACAUAUAUACCAUUAUGCCUUUCUAUGUGUGUGAGUGUAUUUAAAGCAAUGUGUAAUAAGUCAAAUAUGCAUGCAAGCGAGUGAGCUAUGUUCAGUAGAUGCACAGUUUGUACAUGAGUUUCAUGUACUCUAAUGCAUACUAUCCGAGUGAUCCUUACAAACUAAGCCAGUCGGAUAUUAAGAUAUUCCAGAAAUUAACUUAAGUAUUCUGCAGUGAUUGAUUCAGUGAUUAAUAUUCAAGCAUUCCCUAAUAAGUUUACAACUAUUCAAACAUUACACCAAAUAUAUUCCAAACUAUUGUAGUUUGUUGCACAUGUAUGUACAUGCACAUGUACAUGUAUUUUGCCAAAAUGCUUCAUCAAUAUACACAAUCAAUGUGAUUUAGCGCAGCAGGUAAUUAAUGCAGCUUGUAUUGUAGUCUGUGUAAAGUCUUAUUAAUUUGUGGAUAUCAUUUUCCUGCGUGAUUUUAAUUUAAUUGUUUCAGUCAUGUGAUGUAUGUGCAUAUUUUGUGAAAAUAAAUUAAUUUGUCAGUCAUUAGUUUA